AUGGAGAAAGUGAGAGAUGGUCAGAUUCUGAGUCUAAUAGUUAAAGAAGCCCAGCCGGUGGAAGAGGACAGCCCCAAAGCCCUGCCUGCACUCAGGGAGCUAUCGAACUCGGAUAAUGACAUAAACAAGGCGGCAUUCAUCUGGGGAAUCGCAGACAAAGCAGCCCAGAGGAAAACCAUCGCUGUCGAUGAGGGCUUGUUUCACUUGCAACAGGAAAAGCAGCAGCAGCCGCCGCAGCAGCCGCAGCAGCUGCCUCCGAGCCCGGAGCCCGUGCACAGGCUGGGAAGAGGUAGAGGAAGGCUGAAGCUGCCACAUAGGCUACCCUUCAAAGACAGACACUUCACCUGCAGCAAAAUAAUAGGAAGGAGGUUCGCUUGCUUUGUGCAGAGGCUGAGCCACAGGAGAAGGCAAAGUCAAUGUGAUUUAUUGAAUGAAAGCACUGGACAAUCACCAGCAACUUGCUCCUCUGCUGCCUCGAACAACCUAAACUGGAACUGUCGUGUGAAAAUGACCCAACAAAUGCAGAGUUUACAUCUUUCUCAGUCAAAAAAACAUAGCGCCCCAUCAUCUCCCAAUGCUGCCAAACGCCUGUACAGAAACCUCUCUGAGAAACUGAAGGGGAGCCACUCUUCAUUUGAUGAGGCCUACUUUAGAGCGAGGACUGACCGGCUGAGUCUCAGGAAGACCUCGGUGAACUUCCAGGGCAACGAAGCCAUGUUUGAAGCAGUCGAACAGCAGGACAUGGAUGCUGUGCAGAUCCUUCUGUAUCAGUACACAGCAGAAGAACUAGAUCUCAAUACUCCUAACAGUGAGGGGUUGACACCUCUCGAUAUUGCCAUCAUGACCAACAAUGUGCCCAUUGCUAGGAUUCUCCUGAGGACGGGGGCUAGAGAAAGUCCACACUUUGUCAGCCUGGAAAGUCGAGCCAUGCACCUCAACACACUGGUGCAGGAAGCCCAGGAGAGGGUGAGUGAACUGUCUAUUCAGGUGGAGAACGAAGGAUUCAGUCUGGACAACACAGAGAAAGAGAAACAGCUGAAAGCUUGGGAGUGGAGGUACCGGCUCUACAGACGCAUGAAAACAGGCUUCGAACAUGCCAGAGCCCCCGAGGUGCCAACCAAUGUCUGCCUCAUGGUAACCAGCAGCACAUCACUCACCGUCAGCUUCCAAGAGCCUCUUAGUGUCAAUGCAGCUGUAGUGACCAGAUAUAAAGUGGAAUGGAGUAUGUCUAAAGACUUCUGCCCUUUGGCUGGAGAAAUCAUCAUGGAGGACCUACAGACGCUGAGAUGCACAAUUACAGGGCUUACAACGGGCCAACAGUACUUUGUUCAAGUCUCAGCUUAUAACAUGAAAGGAUGGGGACCUGCUCAGACCACGACGCCAACAUGUGCCUCUCCUUCUAACUGGAAAGACUAUGACGACAGAGAGCCCAGACACAAGGGACAGAGUGAAGUUUUGGAAGGUCUGCUGCAGCAGGUCCGAGCCCUUCAUCAGCAUUAUAGUUGCCGAGAAAGUUCAAAAUUACAAACCACAGGCCGCAAGCAGUCAGUCUCAAGGAGCCUAAAACACCUAUUCCAUUCCUCAAACAAGUUUGUGAAGACAUUGAAACGGGGACUCUACAUAGCCGUUAUAUUUUAUUACAAAGAUAAUAUGUUAGUCACCAAUGAAGAUCAAAUACCAAUCGUUGAAAUAGAUGACUCUCACACCAGUUCCAUCACACAAGAUUUUCUGUGGUUCACGAAGCUGUCUUGUAUGUGGGAAGAUAUAAGGUGGUUAAGGCAAAGUGUGCCUAUCUCCAUGUCCUCAUCCACAGUACUGCAAACUCGGCAGAAGAUGCUCGCAGCAACAGCCCAGCUACAGAAUUUACUUGGAACACACAAUUUGGGAAGAGUUUACUAUGAGCCCAUUAAAGACCGGCAUGGAAACAUCCUGAUAGUCACCAUCAGAGAGGUGGAGAUGCUCUAUUCAUUUUUUAAUGGCAAAUGGAUGCAGAUCUCAAAGCUGCAAAGCCAGAGGAAGUCUCUGUCAACACCUGAGGAGCCAACAGCUUUAGACAUUUUACUGAUAACCAUCCAGGAUAUUCUCUCCUAUCACAAAAGGAGUCAUCAACGUCUCUCUCCUGGAUUAUAUCUGGGUUAUCUAAAGCUGUGUAGCUCUGUGGAUCAGAUCAAAGUUCUUGUUACUCAAAAGUUGCCCAACAUUCUCUGCCAUGUUAAGAUCCGUGAAAACCAUAACAUUUCCAAAGAGGAGUGGGAAUGGGUCCAAAAGCUUUCUGGCUCUGAAUCUAUGGAAAGUGUGGAUCAUACUUCUGACUGCCCCAUGCAAUUGUUCUUCUACGAGCUCCAGAUGGCAGUGAAAGCUCUCCUUAAGCAGAUCAAUAUACCUCUACACCAGGCAAGGAACUUCCGCCUCUACACACAGGAGGUGUUGGAAAUGGGUCACAAUGUGUCCUUUCUUCUCCUGCUCCCUGCCUCAGACGACGUCUGUACAGCCCCAGGACAGAAUAAUCCUUACACCCCACACUCAGGGUUUCUUAACCUCCCUCUUCAGAUGUUUGAACUUGGUAUAGUAGCUUGUUUCACCUAGAAAUAUUAACCCAACCUCCUUAUAAUAAAAUCACAAAGUUAUAUCUGUUCCCCCUUGUCCCAGUGGAGGGUCAAUAAAUCACAUGAUGGCUUUGGCAAC